CAUGCCCAGUUGUCCACUACCCGAGCUUAGAAAAUUUUUCUAUUCUCUUUCUCUUCCAUCAUCCUCAAAUGGUGACUCCACGAGAUGUCUCAGAUCUAUUAGGGGAAGGUCGUUUCUUCAUCUAACCACCACCUAAAUCCACCGUUAAGUCGUUAACUCUUCUUAAGACCAAACCCUUGUUUUUUUUUUUUUUCCUACAAAACAAGAGGAACCAUAAGUCAGUUGCUACAUUUGGUAGUUUAAUUUUCAAGUUUAAACAAUGGAUGUUGGAUGGCUACUCGAUUUUCUUAGGGGGAUGAUAAAGCCGGUGGCCGCACUUGCUGUGGUGCUCAUGGCUGUGCUGUUAUCCUUUAUGCAAAAGUUGGGUUUGGAGGGAGAGAUGAUCUAUUCCAUAUUUAGGUCAUUUCUUCAGUUAUCUAUUAUUGGGUUUGUUUUGCAGUUCAUUUUCAGUCAGGAACGUAGCGUUUGGAUCAUUCUCGCUUACCUUUUUAUGGUCUCUGUUGCAGGUUAUACAGCUGGUCAACGAGCCAAGCAUGUUCCUCGAGGAAAGUAUGUGGCUGGAGCUUCUAUCCUGGCAGGAACUGCGGUGACAAUGUUCUUGCUUGUUAUUCUGAAUGUCUUCCCCUUCACUCCCAGAUACAUCAUCCCUGUUGCAGGAAUGAUGGUUGGGAAUGCAAUGACAGUCACUGGGGUUACAAUGAAACGACUCCGAGAUGAUAUCAAAGUGCAAAUGAGCCUGGUAGAGACGGCAUUGGCACUUGGUGCAACUCCUCGCCAAGCCACACUUCAACAAGUGAAAAGGGCUCUAGUCAUCGCUCUUUCUCCAGUGCUGGACAAUGCCAAAACGGUGGGUCUGAUUUCGCUUCCUGGAGCAAUGACUGGCCUUAUAAUGGGAGGAGCUUCUCCAUUGGAGGCCAUUCAACUGCAAAUUGUGGUAAUGAACAUGCUCAUCGGCGCAUCAACUGUUAGCAGUAUCAUGUCUACGUACCUUUGUUGGCCUGCAUUCUUCACACCUGCUUAUCAAUUAGAAACUAAGGUCUUCAGCUCCGAUUGAGAUUUGGCGUAGGUUUGUUGUCCCAAAAUAGUCUAAGAGGGAGGUAAAUUGGACUUAAACAAUUUUUCAAUCAUUGCUUGUAGCCUAAUGAAAAAUUGUAGCUUUGUUCAACUAGGUACUCCUUUAUAUAUAGUGAAAGUGAUAUGUGUUUCAAUAA